CGUAUUGCCGACUAGGAAUUGUAAAGCCGCCUUUAGAAGCGAUACACAGCGUCACAGGUCAAAAGAAGAAGAAGAAGGCAAGCCUGUGGUCAGCUGCUGAUAUUGGGACGUCUAGCUCCCGCCAGGCGCCAGCUCCAAAAUGUCGUGUCGGCCGCGGAAACAGUACACCCUCGUCCUCAUCAGGGAAACAAACAAACUCCUGCUCGGAUACAAGAAAAGAGGUUUCGGUGAAGGAAGAUGGAAUGGAUUUGGUGGAAAAGUAGAGGCCGGAGAAACUAUCACAGAAGGCGCUGUAAGAGAACUGAAGGAGGAAUCUGGAAUAAAUGUGACAGAAGAGAGCGUGCACAAAGUGGCUGAUCUGGAGUUUACCUUUGAUGGACAAGACAUUCUCAUGCAUGUUCACGUCUUUCUCGUCCAGUCUUUUACUGGAACUCCUGUGGAGACUGAAGAGAUGAGGCCUCAGUGGUUCCCUGUCGACAAGCUGCCGUACUCACUCAUGUGGCCCGACGACUCGCUGUGGGUUCCGGUGGUGCUGCGUGGUGGCAAGGUCCGUGGCACCGUCCAUUUUCAAGAUCAUGACAACAUCCAUUCUCAUCACAUUGAGGAAGUGGACACCCUUGCCUGAGUGUUCAUGGAGCACGUUUGGGUAAUUAAAUGAAGGUGUAAUGUACAACAGCAACACUACUAAUGUGAAACUAUGAGUGGAAAUAGAAAUUUUUGAAUGAAUAGCAUACUGGGCUUCAUUAACUGGAACUUCUCAAUAAAACAAUAACAUGUUAUACUAAUACCACACAGUAGUUUACUCAACCUUCACUUGGAGUGCAUGAUACAUCUCUAUUUUCCCUGUCAUACAAAGGACAUUGCUAAUUUAAAAAUUAUUCAGCUCAGGACAACUGAGAUGUCUUCCUUGCACAACAAACACUAUGACCAAAGGCUCCUCCUCAGUAUGUCUUUUCCUGAGAAACUCUUUCCCCUCCAUGAGAAACCAAUUAUGUUCAAAGGCUUUAUGUGUGUAUAGAAAUUUAAGUCAUUUAUGAUCAGUAAGACAGCAAAUGAAAACUAUUUGCAAUAAACUUGUAUAAACAAAAAAUUCAGAUCACCAAAUUCAUUUUUCGCCAAUGUUGUUCUAUGAGAAUCAAUCUCUCUCUCUCUCUCUCUCUCUCUCUCUCUCUCUCUCUCUCUCUCUCUCUCUCUCUCUCUCUCUCUCUCUCUCUCUCUCUCUCUCUCUCUCUCUCUCUCUCUCUCUCUCUCUCUCUCUCUCUCUCUCUCUCUCUCUCUCUCUCUCUCUCUCUCUCUCUCUCUCUCUCUCUCUCUCUCUCUCUCUCUCCCCACAAACUUCCAUGACAUGAGGUCACAUCUCGGUUCCUGCUGUGUCCAGCAAACUCACCUCUUACUACACUCCACUUGGAUUAAUAUACUCUGUCCAGUGCGUAUUCCGAACAUGUCAGCUGUUGCAAAUUGUUACUUGCCUGCUGUGUGCUGUGCUAUGUCAGUGUGCUGUGAUAUAUGACCCUGAGUGGUUUGUGCUGCCUUAAUUUUGCUUUAAUUUUACUACUUCUGCUCUUGUAUUUACCUCUUUGAUGUAGUCCUCUGUAAACAAAUACACAUACACACAACA